AUGGCUGAAACAAUUAGACCAAUUUCAAAAAUUGAAUUAAGAUUCAAAUUAGCAGAUAUAAAGAAACCAAGUUCACAAAUUAUAGUUUAUUGUAAUAGUGGAGAUUCAAAAAGAUUUGAUUUAAUUGGGGCAACUGAAAGAAUUGAUAAUAAAUCUGAACCAUUUUUUAACACAACUAUAAAUAUUGAUUAUUAUUUUGAAAGUGUUCAAAAAUUAUAUUUAUUAGCAAUAAACCAUAAUUUAAAAACACUUGAUUUUACAAAAAUUGAUCAACUUGAUGUUGUUGGUGAAUUUACACCAACAAUUGGUGAUUUAAUUUCAAGAGAUGGUAAAAGAUUAAUUGGUGAUAUUAAAGAUAAAGAUAAAAUUACAGGUAAAAUUGAAAUUACAGCAGAGGAAAUUUAUGAAACUGGACAUAACAUAAUAUUACAACUUAAAGGAACCAAAUUAGAUAAAAAAGAUUUAUUUUCAAGUGAUCCAUAUUUUAAAAUCUAUAAAUCAUCACCAAGUGGUAAUUCAAUAGUUUUUGAAAGUAGUGUUAUAAAAAACAAUAUCAAUCCAAUAUUUGAUCCAAUUGUAAUUAGAUUACAAGAAUUAAAUGGUGGUUGUAUGUUUAGAGAAUUAACAUUUGAAUUUUGGGAUCACAAUGAUAUAGUAGAUGAUGAAUUAAUUGGAUCAUUUAGAACCAAUACUGAUGAAAUUCUAAGUGGCAUAAUUAAAGAGUUUCCAAUAAUCAAUCAAAAAUUGAAGUCAAAAAAAUCAAAUUAUGAACAUAGUGGUAUAAUAAAUUUCAUUGAUUCAAGAAUUUUAUAUAAACCAACAAUACAAGAUUUCAUCAAUGGUAAUGGUAAUGGUAAUGGUAAUGGUGAUGGUAAUUGUUUAAUUGAUUUAAUGGUUGCAAUUGAUUGUACAGAAUCAAAUGGUGAUCAAAAAUUAGAGACAUCUUUACAUUAUAAUGUAAAGCCACAUCAAAAUCAGUAUAUUAGAUCAUUGUUGGCACUUGAAUCACAAUUGUUGAAUAAUUUCGGAGUAAAGUUAGAAAAGAGAGUUGAAGUAUUUGGAUUCGGUGCUGUUAUUAAUAAGCAUCCAAAUCACAAUUUCAGAUUUCAUUAUAUAAUUGAUGAUAGACCAAAUACUCUAAAAGCAGGUAUCAGUGGUGUGAUUGAGUUAUACGAUAAAGCAAUACCAAAGAUUCAAUUUACCUCACCAACUAAAAUUAGUUCAAUAAUUGAAGAUGCAACUAGAUAUUCAUUACAAGAUUUUCAUUCAACUCAGUUAAAGUAUUCUAUACUUUUAAUACUUAUCGAUAGCGAUAUCACAGAUUAUGAAUCUACUGUAGAUGAAAUAGUUGAAGCAUCAAAAGCACCAUUAUCAAUCAUUUUCAUUGGUGUUGGUGAAUAUUCAUUCCAAAAUAUACCACAAUUAGAUGGUGAAAAAAAUGGUAACAUUAGAUUAAUUGGUCGUUUCGAUAGAAAACAAAUUAGAGAUAAUGUUCAUUUUAUAUCAUUUAAAGAGUUUUCCAUCAACCAAAUCGAUUUUCAAAAUGAAAUACUUCGAAAAUUACCAAAUCAAUUAACUGAAUUUAUGGAAUUUAAAAAUUAUUUACCAAAUGGUUUAUCUUAUACACAAACUGAAAUAAAAAAAAUAAAAUAA